AAAUAAAGAAAAAAGUUGAUAAAAGUAAAAAAAAAAAAAAAUUGAUAAAAUUUAAGAAAAAUGUCCAUCGAUCACGACAAUGGCGCAAGUCGCAUGACACAGGCCAACAUUGAUGCAUUAACGGAGGCUUUAUUAGCAGAAAAAAACAAGAAUGCCCUCUUGGAGAAAGAACUUAAGGAAACUCGUAAAAAGAUCCGGCAUAACACCUGGAUAGAAGAACCUUCGGAAAAUCAACCGUUUGACCCCGAACCAUACGGGUCCUCGACAAUGAUCCAAACACCAGUACAGUCUACUAACGAACUUUCGAUGCUUACGUCGAUGUCAUUCGCCUCGUUACAAGUUUCCACUUGUACUCCCAAGGAAGGAGAGGAAGUGGAUAAAAAAUCCUUCGAACGAUGGAAGGAACAGCUCGAAGCAGCAAUGAAAUUCGCAGGCAUUUUUAACGAAAACAUGAAAAUGAAUGCUUUCAAAAUGAAAGCAGGUUAUUCCUUAUUAGAUACUCUGGAAGCUACAUCACCGAAUGAUUCAUCGAGCGAUGCAAAUUUAUUCCCGUAUACUAAUGCAAUGGAAAGGUUGCAUAAAUACUAUAGCUCACACGAUUACGUUUUCCUACAGCGACAAAAAUUACGCUCUAUGAAUCAGAAUGACGGCGAGUCCGAUUUAACAUACGUAAAGAAAAUAAUUGACCUAGCAAAGCUCUGCAAUUACAAAGAAAACCAAUUGAUAGAAACAGUAGUCGACGUGAUCCAAGCACAUGCUACUAAUCCAAGAGUCCGUAAGACAGGAAUAAAAGUUCUAAGGAAACGUGGAUCAAUAACAGAUCUUUUGGACAAAGUGCGAGAAUGCGAAAUGGAACAAAUGAACGAUAUAAAUUUCGCAAGGACCCACCAGCAAAACUCACAAGUCCAACCAUCAGCACUAGUGGCCGCCGUGUCCAACAGCUCUUACCAUAACAAUGGGCCUCGUAUGGGAGGAUUCCAUCGCGGUAACUCACUGUACCAUCAGAAAUAUUGGGGCAUGCAAAGCGGAAGAGGAACAUCUAGACUAACACCAUCGCGGUUUUCAUCAAAUAGACCUUCCGGAGGUCGUCGCGAACAAUGUGGAAGAUGCACUAGCAACUAUCAUUCUUCUGAGAACUGCCACGCCAUCAGCAAAAGAUGUCGCAACUGCCACACCGUAGGGCACAUCGAACGUGCAUGCCGUCAGGGGAUUCAGGAUAAAACCAAACGUCGCGCAGAGGAAGAAGAAGCAGGAUCACCAGCAAUUAAGACCCGGAAGAUCGCGGCAAUUAUGGACAGCAAUAACACGCCCGAAACAACCAGUGAUAAAGAGAUCGUAAGUGAUAUACAAUCAUCUGAUCUUAUCUGACCGCUCGAUCAAAUUAUAUAUUCCUAUACUGAAUUCUAUGAUUUUUCUAUUCACUCACAUUCUAAAAUUUAUUCACGCUUCUAAAUUGUUCACAAAAGAGAAUUCCAAGAAUUAACGCCUUAAAAUUUUUUUAUGGUUUGCA